UAGCGGCCUCAGCUGUAACUGCAGUAGGCUCUGAAUGGGACACCGACGAUCUCAUAUCCUCCAUUAAAAACUACAUUUGAUACCGUAUUUGAAUACAUGGGAGACAAAAAUGGAUGUAAAUACGAGUGUCGAAAUGGUAAAAAACCAAAACCAAAGGAAUUCCACAUACCAUCAUCCAAUGGAUGCGGAUCAUUUGGAUACAAACUGGAUAUGCAGUAUCUGCCUGCUGUUGAGGGAUGCUGUGAUAAGCACGAUAAGUGUUACGACACCUGCAACAAGAUGAAAGAGUCCUGCGACGACGAUUUCCGGUCCUGCCUGAGGAGGAUCUGUAAGAGGAACUCGAAUGUAUUAAAAGAAGCUAAUGACGCCUGCAAGUCAUUCGCAGAUGGCAUGUACGCGGGAGUGAUGGCCUUGGGAUGCAAGCCGUACAGGGACUCGCAGAAACAGGCCUGUGAUUGUGGCGAUUCAGGCAAGAUAGAUCUGUGAGACAAUGGCACUAUUUCAUUUAUGAAACUACUAAACUGUGGAACUCGUUGGGUAGUUACUGGCCUUUAUCAAGGCAUCAUCGCACCGGAGUGGCGGACUUUGCCUUCAGAACCCCUAUGAUAAAUACAGGGUCAGAACAACGUGUGUUCUUAUGCUGAUUCGACGUUAACUUUCUUAAUUGUUUAACACUGAUAUCACCUUUUCAGUCACUAUUCUUAAUUGUAGGGAUCGUUAGCAUCCGCUUUUCGGCAGAGUUCCGCUUUUUGAAAGAAAAAAAAAUCCGCCUAAGAAAAUAAAUGAAUGGAGAAUGUCAGGAUCAGGGUCGGUAAACGUUUGGAAGUUCUACCGACCAAACAAGAGUAUUCCCCCUUCUACUACCUCAUCCCUUAACGACAUUUUAAGAUACUUAGCUAUAUAUACCAGCGGACAAUCUCUACAUCCCUAUGAUGUAAAACAACACAUAUAAAUACAAGAGGUUGAGAGGUAAUAAUGAUUUGCGCAUCAAGCUUAAGUUAAAACAUUUCAGAAUGGAUUUCACAAAUAGCUUGUUAGUCGAAGAAGAGUGGAAUGAAACUGUACCAUAAAUGGGCUGGUAAAUUUACCUUUAGACACCAAGUUAAAACUGCUGAUGGUGAUUGAUAAUGAGGAAUACAAUGUCAUUUCAGUAACAAGAAAAAUCUGUAUCUACAUCUUCAAUGUCUUCGAGAUUUCGAUUUUCUUUGUGGGUGUGGGGUAGCGGGGAAUGAUAAUCUCAUCCUACAUCAUAUUUCACUUGUACGUGCAGGAGUCUCUGUGUACGUUCAGUAAUUCACACUCGCUGAUUAAACUUAUUUUACUACUGAU